AUGGUACAUAACAGUGAAGCUCCAAGCUACCGUAAUCGAAAAGGAGUAAUAUCUCAAAAUGUAUUGGCUGUUUGCAAUUUUGAUAUGGAAUUCAUAUAUGUUCUGAGUGGUUGGGAGGGAUCCGCACACGAUUCAAAAGUAUUAUAUGAUGCUUUAAGCAAAUUUUAUUUAGCUGACUGUGGAUUUGCGAAUAGACGCAAAUUUUUGGCUCCUUUUCGAGCUACUAAGUAUCACCUCCAAGAUUUUACUGGACAAGGUUGCGAUCCGGAAACUCCACAUGAAUUGUUCAAUCAUCGUCAUGCAUCUUUAAGAAACGUGAUUGAGAGAAUUUUUGGAAUUUUCAAGUCACGGUUUCUGAUAUUUAAAACCGCUCCUCCGUUUCCUUAUAAAACACAGACAGAAAUUGUGUUGGCUUGUGUAGCCUUGCACAAUUUUCUGCGCAAGCAUUGUCGGUCAGAUGAAUUUCUUACUCAAGAAGUUGGUGAUGAAGCAAACAUGGAAAACAACACUCCUUUAGAGGAUUUUCAAAAUAAUGAAGAAGUUUUUGAGACACAAGAUCAAGAAAGAGAAAGUGCUAAUAUAUGGAGAGAAGCAAUGGCUCAGCAAAUGUGGAGUGAUGCAACUAGCUAG